CUUGACUGGUCUGUAGGUAUUUCUACCCAACGCUUUACAUCAACGUCCGAUUCCCCAUUAUCAGCAGAACUUCAAAAUCUAGAAGUCUCUCAGUUUACAUUCCCAUAGGAGCAUGUCAUCGAUUUUCCAUCCCUCACAACCAUGGAGGUCUCACUUCGGAUUGCACAAAUGCUUGGACUCGUGGACGAGUUCUUGGAUCUCACUAUAAGCCGGGUGCUAGACGUGUCGAAGAUUCCAGUCCCAUUAACAGACUUGCCCGAAAACUUACGUCCAACGGAAGCGCAGGUCUUACUACCAAGCUAUCCAAUAAUAGACGUUCUUCCUUGACCAUCAGUAAGGACAAAACUCAUUUGUCUUUUUGGCCAGCCUGACCAACUGAGACCACCAAUCGCGAGAGGCUCCAUGGCUAUCACGCGGCUAAUGCAUAGUCUUGAGGACGAGUCGGAGGGACUCCGCAUUACUCUAGAUAUAGAUGGACAUUGGUAUGAUGGAAAAAGCUGGGAAAUCGGACAAGUCAUCCUCAAAGACUGGUGGUGGGCACUGGAUCUUGAGAUCGUAUCUAAUUCAAACCGACUGAGGAAUCUAAGAGGGGGCUCCCAAAUUGCAGCUUUUGACAAC